CUCGCGAGCUAACGAGUGUCUCGCGCGCUCUCCCUUCCCUCCGCGUCGGUUUCGCGGCGCGGCGGACAUGGCGGUGGAGUCCUGAGCUCGUCGUGUCUCGGCCUCCAGCGGCGGCAGCGGCGACGGCGGCGGCAGCAGGAGGCGGAGGGAGAGCGGGAGCCACUGAGAUGAGGAGGCGUCGCGCGCGCCUGUAGCUCGCGGGCCUCGCAGUGUGCUUGCCUAAACUGGAUUUGAAGCGAUUUAAACUGCCGGAGAUCUGCCACUUUAUAAUAUCACAAUUGGAAAGAAGCAGAUUUUCAAAUAAUGGAAGAGUCUAAGAUCUUAAAAAGUGAAAAUCAUGAACCAAAGAAGAAUGUUAUUUGUGAAGAAAGCAAAGCAGUUCAAGUUAUAGCUAAUCAAAUGUUGAAAGCUAGAAAUGAUAAAUCCAUAAAAGAAAUUGGGAACAGCUCUCCAAAUAGGAGUAGUAGUAAAAAAAAUAAGCAAAAUGAUAUGUGUAUAGAAAAAACAGAAGUUAAAUCAUGUAAAGUAAAUGCAGUCAACCUUCCCAGCCCUAAAGAUUUGGGGGUAGUCCUUCGAGAUCAAAGUCAUUGCAAAGCAAAAAAAUUUCCUAAUUCACCAGUGAAAGCCGAAAAGGCACCCAUUUCACAGGCAAAAUUAGAAAAGGCAACCAGUUUACAGGCAAAAGCAGAAAAAUCACUGAAGUCACCUAAUUCAGUGAAAGCAGAAAAAGCAACCAGUUCUCAGUUGAAGUCAGAAAAGGCACUGAGUUCACCAGCAGAAGCAGAAAAGGGACCCAGUUUACUGUUGAAAGACAUGAGACAGAAGACAGAAUUACAACAGAUUGGGAAAAAAAUUCCAAGCUCCUUUACUUCUGUGGACAAAGUGAAUAUUGAAGCUGUAGAGGGAGAAAAAUAUGCUCUGCAAAACUCACCACAAUCUCAGAAACAACAAACAUGUACAGAUAAUACUGGUGAUUCUGAUGAUAGUGCUUCAGGAAUUGAAGAUGUAUCGGACGAUUUGAGUAAAAUGAAGAAUGAUGAAUCUAAUAAAGAAAAUUCUUCAGAGAUGGACUAUUUAGAAAAUGCCACUGUGAUAGAUGAAUCUACAUUGACACCUGAACAGAGGCUGGGGUUGAAACAAGCAGAAGAACGUUUAGAAAGAGAUCACAUCUUUCGACUUGAAAAACGAUCACCAGAAUAUACCAAUUGCCGCUAUCUGUGCAAACUUUGCUUAAUACACAUUGAAAAUAUCCAGGGAGCUCAUAAACAUAUAAAGGAGAAACGACAUAAGAAAAAUAUUUUGGAAAAACAAGAAGAAAGUGAGCUUCGUUCUCUGCCACCUCCUUCCCCUGCCCACCUGGCUGCUUUAAGUGUUGCAGUCAUUGAAUUAGCCAAAGAACAUGGAAUAACAGAUGAUGACCUCAGGGUCCGUCAGGAAAUUGUGGAGGAAAUGUCAAAGGUUAUAACAACUUUUUUACCAGAAUGUUCACUUAGGUUGUAUGGCUCGUCUCUGACUAAAUUUGCUCUGAAAAGUAGUGAUGUUAAUAUAGAUAUAAAAUUUCCUCCCAAGAUGAAUCAUCCAGAUCUUCUGAUAAAAGUACUUGGGAUCUUAAAGAAAAAUGUAUUAUAUGUAGAUGUGGAAUCUGAUUUUCACGCUAAAGUUCCUGUUGUGGUGUGCAGAGAUCGAAAAAGUGGUUUACUUUGUAGAGUGAGUGCAGGAAAUGACAUGGCAUGUCUCACUACUGAUUUACUUACUGCUCUUGGCAAAAUGGAACCUGUCUUUAUUCCAUUGGUGUUAGCCUUUCGCUACUGGGCUAAGUUGUGCUAUAUUGACUCCCAAACUGAUGGUGGAAUCCCUUCUUACUGUUUUGCUUUAAUGGUGAUGUUUUUUCUACAACAGAGAAAACCCCCUCUUCUUCCUUGCUUACUUGGAAGUUGGAUUGAAGGCUUUGACCCAAAAAGAAUGGAUGACUUUCAGCUGAAGGGCAUAGUAGAAGAGAAGUUUGUGAAGUGGGAGUAUAAUUCAAGUAGUGCAACUGAGAAAAACUCAAUUGCUGAGGAAAACAAAGCUAAGGCAGACCAACCAAAAGAUGAUACCAAGAAGACAGAAACAGACAACCAAAGUAAUGCCAUGAAGGAAAAACAUGGCAAAUCUCCUUUAACAUUGGAAACACCAAAUCAGGUAUCCUUGGGACAGUUAUGGUUAGAGCUGCUAAAAUUUUACACACUGGAAUUUGCUUUGGAGGAAUAUGUCAUAUGUGUACGGAUACGAGAUAUUUUAACAAGAGAAAAUAAAAACUGGCCUAAAAGGCGAAUAGCCAUUGAAGAUCCAUUUUCAGUCAAGAGGAAUGUUGCACGGAGCUUAAACAGCCAGCUGGUUUACGAAUAUGUUGUGGAGAGAUUUAGGGCAGCUUAUCGGUAUUUUGCCUGUCCUCAGAGGAAGGGUGGAAAUAAGUCUACAGUGGACUUCAAGAAAAGAGAGAAGGGGAAAAUAAGCAAUAAGAAACCAGUUAAGUCUAACAACGUGGCAACCAACAGUUGCAUUCUGCUUGGGGAAAGCACAGAAAAAAAAAAUGCAGAAAGAGAGCAACCUGUUAAAUACGAUGAAAUGGAAUGUACAUCACAGAGAUGUAUUAUUGACAACAACAAUUUGUUGGUAAAUGAACUAGAUUUUGCUGACUGUGAACAGGAAUCUUCAUCUCUUUCUGCCAGCAAAAGCAGUGAAUUAGAGCCAAAAUCAGUUAAGAAACAAGAUCAUUUAGCGCCUUCAGAAACUUGUUUAAAAACAGAGCUCAACCAAUGUAAUUGCAUUCAUUUGUCUAAGUCCUCUGACCCAGAUAAAUCUACUGGAACAGACUGCAGGUCAAAUUUAGAAACAGAGAGUUCACAUCAGAGUGUGUGCACCGACAUACCUGCUACCUCUUGCAACUGCAAAGCUACAGAAGAUGCUUCUGACCUUAAUGAUGACGAUAACUUCUCCACCCAGGAAUUAUAUUAUGUGUUUGAUAAAUUUAUUUUAACCUCUGGCAAGCCACCAACAAUAGUAUGCAGCAUCUGCAAAAAGGAUGGCCAUUCAAAGAAUGAUUGCCCAGAGGAUUUCAGGAAAAUUGAUCUAAAACCUCUACCACCAAUGACAAACCGAUUUCGGGAAAUACUUGAUUUAGUAUGUAAAAGAUGUUUUGAUGAGUUAUCACCACCUUGUUCUGAACAACACAACAGGGAGCAAAUUUUAAUUGGCUUGGAAAAGUUUAUUCAAAAAGAAUAUGAUGAAAAGGCAAGAUUGUGCUUAUUUGGCUCUUCCAAGAAUGGAUUUGGAUUUCGUGAUAGCGAUCUGGAUAUUUGUAUGACCCUGGAAGGCCAUGAAAAUGCAGAGAAAUUAAAUUGUAAGGAAAUAAUUGAAAAUUUGGCAAAAAUUCUUAAGAGACAUCCAGGUUUAAGAAACAUUUUGCCUAUAACUACUGCCAAAGUGCCUAUAGUAAAAUUUGAACACAGACGAAGUGGGUUAGAAGGCGAUAUCAGUUUAUAUAAUACAUUGGCUCAACAUAACACAAGAAUGCUAGCUACUUAUGCAGCUAUUGAUCCUAGAGUGCAGUAUUUGGGAUAUACUAUGAAAGUGUUUGCUAAGCGAUGUGACAUUGGGGAUGCUUCCAGGGGAAGUUUAUCUUCAUAUGCAUAUAUCCUUAUGGUGCUGUACUUUCUGCAGCAGAGAAAGCCACCUGUUAUCCCAGUUCUACAAGAGAUCUUUGAUGGAAAACAGAUUCCACAGAGAAUGGUUGAUGGAUGGAAUGCUUUUUUCUUUGAUAAAACAGAAGAACUGAAAAAGCGUUUACCUUCACUUGGAAAGAACACAGAAUCAUUAGGGGAGCUUUGGUUGGGACUGCUUCGUUUCUAUACUGAAGAGUUUGAUUUCAAGGAAUAUGUAAUUAGCAUUCGGCAGAAAAAGCUUUUGACAACUUUUGAGAAGCAGUGGACAUCCAAGUGCAUUGCAAUUGAAGACCCUUUUGACUUGAAUCAUAACCUUGGUGCUGGAGUUUCUAGAAAGAUGACCAAUUUCAUCAUGAAAGCAUUUAUCAAUGGAAGGAAACUUUUUGGUACCCCUUUUUAUCCACUCAUUGGCAGAGAAGCUGAGUACUUCUUUGAUUCCAGAGUAUUAACAGAUGGAGAACUCGCUCCCAAUGAUAGAUGUUGCCGUGUGUGUGGAAAAAUAGGCCACUACAUGAAAGACUGCCCUAAAAGGAAAAGUUUACUGUUUAGACUAAAGAAGAAAGACAGUGAAGAAGAGAAGGAAGGGAAUGAAGAAGAGAAAGACUCCCGAGACACUGACCCCCGAGACCUCCACGACACUCGAGACUUUAGAGACCCCAGAGACCUCAGAUGUUUUAUAUGUGGAGAUGCUGGACAUGUACGAAGGGAGUGCCCAGAAGUCAAGCUGGCCCGUCAGAGGAAUAGCAGUGUGGCAGCAGCCCAGCUGGUCCGCAACCUUGUAAAUGCUCAACAGGUGGCUGGUUCAGCUCAGCAGCAGGGUGAUCAGUCCAUAAGGACUAGACAGUCCUCAGAAUGUGUAAGUACUCUGUCUGUCAAUGUGUUAGUCUUUGAAAAUGCAGAGCCAGGCUUUCGAGGACUGACUCCUCCAAUUCCUUGGGAACAUGCACCACGUCCCCAUUUCCCCCUUGUCCCAGCUUCGUGGCCUUAUGGUUUGCAUCAAAACUUCAUGCAUCAGGGAAAUGCCCGAUUUCAGCCCAACAAACCUUUCUAUACUCAAGACAGAUGUGCCACCCGUCGGUGUAGAGAGCGUUGUCCCCACCCACCAAGAGGAAACGUGUCGGAGUAAUGCGAGUCCAUUUUCUUUCAGCUGGUCUACCGAUGCACAGCAACCAGCCAAUCCUGCUGUCUCAAGGGUAUCCGUACCUCAAUGUCAGUUACAUUCAGCAGAAAAAGUGACAUUUAAUGGAAAGCAAAACAAAUCAGGUCCUGAUUUAAAUUUUAACACAUUUAGAUAGCUUAUUUAAAUUCUAAGACUGUUUUUACAGACUGUAUUAUUUGUAUAUAAAUAUGAACUAUAGUUUUUACUGGUAUCACCAAAAUGAGUGAUACAAAUUUCAUCUAUUUUAUUACCCUAUUUUUAAGGGAAUUUUAUGUUUUGUUUAACCUUGAUGAAUUGUAUAAAGAGAGAAUUUAAAAAAUUACAUUCUUUAUUUUCUAUUAGCUGUAUUCAUACUUUGGUUGCUUCAGACUUUAUAUAUUGUUCUUAAGAGUUAGGAAAGAAUUUCAUGUGUUUUAAAUUUGUCACUUCUAUUCUUUACAGAACCUUGUAGUGCCAAAAACUUUUUAAAAGGUAAAAAAAUAAAAUAAAAUUACAACAUGAAGAUUCAGAUUUUUUUUCUUUUCCAUACUUGUAUAUUGAACAUUCAAACUUGAACGGAAAGUUGAUUUUGUCUGUAUUUGAAGUACUUCUAUUUUAAGUUAAUAAAUCUUUUUGACAAGAGUCA